AUGGUGCUCGAAAAUGGGUUGGUGAAUAAUGAAAGUGAGGAGGCUCCAAUGAAAUAUAUUCUGGUGACCGGCGGGGUUAUUAGUGGUGUCGGAAAGGGUAUAAUCUCUUCAAGCAUAGGUGUGCUUCUCAAGAACAAUGGUUAUAAGGUUUCCGCAAUUAAAAUCGAUCCUUAUCUUAAUAUAGAUGCAGGGACCUUCUCACCGUAUGAACACGGUGAGGUUUUUGUUCUUGACGACGGUGGAGAGGUUGAUCUCGAUUUGGGUAAUUAUGAGAGGUUCUUGAAUGUCAGACUAACCAGAGACAAUAACAUCACCACAGGAAAGAUGUUUCAGCAUGUCACUGAACGUGAACGUCGUGGUGAUUACUGCGGUAAAACUGUACAAAUGAUUCCACAUUUCACGGACGCAAUCAUUCAAUGGGUGGAGCGAGUGGCCAGAAUCCCAGUUGAUGGCACGUUAGAACGCCCCGAUGUCUGCAUUAUUGAGCUGGGCGGUACAAUCGGGGAUAUUGAAGGGAUGUCUUACCUCGCAGCGUUUGAGAGAUUCCAGAGACCAGCUCUUAGGAAUCAUCUAAUGAACGUUCACGUCUCGCUUGUAAUGCAUCCAAAUGCUACUGGUGAGCCCAAAACAAAACCCAUGCAAAAUUCGGUUCGUCACCUUCGCGCAGCUGGGCUUGUUCCCGAUCUACUUAUCUGUCGAUCUAGUGAGCCGCUGCAGGAUCAUCUCCGUGAGAAAAUAGCUGCUUUCGGUCUUGUUGAUCUCGAACAGGUCAUUGGAGUGCACGAUGUCUCGAAUAUAUACAAGGUUCCGUUAUUGCUCCAAGAGCAGCAUGUGCUUGAUGCAAUCAUACAAAGAUUGCACUUGAAGCCAGUUAAUGAUGCUAUUCGACUUAAUCUCAAGUUCAAUAUGUGUCACUGGACGCACCUCAGUGAACUGUGUGACUCCUUCACUGAUGAAGUCACCAUAGCUUUAGUUGGGAAAUAUGUAAAGAUCAACGAUGCUUAUGCUUCUGUAAACAAAGCUCUUAGUCAUGCUGCUAUUCAUAGCAAACGAGCGCUUAAGAUCAAGUUUGUCGACUCGGAACUUCUCGAGGACGGAAAAGGACCUGAGCUGAAGGAGAAGUGUGAUGCUGCUUGGGAAGCAGUGAAGAAUGCUAAUGGCAUAAUUGUUCCCGGAGGAUUUGACAAACGUGGUGUCGAGGGGAUGAUUAAGGCUUGUCAGUAUGCUAGAGAAAAUAACGUUCCUUUUCUAGGAGUGUGCUUGGGUAUGCAAUGUGCGGCUAUUGAAGUGGCGCGAAACCUUCUUGGCAUCACUAAUGCUAACUCUACAGAGUUCAACAAAGAUUUACAGGAAGAGGAACAGGUAAUCAUUGAUAUGCCUGAACACAACGUCGAACACCGUGGUAUGGGAGGAACCAUGCGCCUUGGUCGUCGUACAAGUGUAUUCCUUACAGAACACUGCAAAUUAAGAAAACUUUAUGGUCGUGAUGAGAUCGAAGAGCGUCACAGGCAUCGCUAUGAAGUUAAUCCACGACUUGUUCCAGACCUUAGCAGAAAAGGACUUCUUUUUGUUGGUAUGGGUGUGGAUGAGACAACGUGUACCGUAUUCAGUAAGCAGUGCCGAACCCAGUCGAGUGCAGCUUUAAUGAAAAUGGCUGGGGAUCAUGCUGCAGAUGAGGAUCUACUCUCGAAAAUAUCUGAUUUGUGUCACCGCGGAGGCGACGGGGUUACUCGACCAGCUUUACGAAUGGAAAUGUGUGAACUGAAAGACCAUCCUUACUUCGUUGGUGCACAGUUUCAUCCUGAAUAUCUCUCGCAUCCACUACAGCCCAGUCCACCAUUCCUAGGAUUGCUGUUGGCUGCCACAGGACAACUUAAAGGAUAUCUGAGCGGUACGAAAACUCCUACACCUAUGCUUUCUCUAAUGGAGAAGUUCCCGUCACUAGGCAGUCUUCGGAUCUAA